GACAAGAUAGUUGUAGUGCCGGGAAUCAUAAAAGCCGCUUUGAUCUUUUCUUUAUACCUCAGACAGUCCAACCGUUAGUGUGACUGUAUUCUCUCUGCAGCAAAUUAAAAAUACACACAAUAAUCUCUCACGAUCCAAUCGAUCCAUCCAGUAGUACUUGUUGCUGCACACUAGGAAAAGUUUAUUUCAAUGAAUAUGACUGCCGGAUGAUUGUGCAGCAGCAAUUGGAAGCAUUUCUGAUCUGGCAGCCGCACCAAGACGUGGAGAGAAGACGCAUAAUGUGAAGUGGGAUUAACAAUAACGUUUUCUUUUCGUGGCUUGAAGCUGUAACGUGACGAUUUUUUUUGUUGGUGUACAUACCAAACACGAUCAAUACAGUCUGCACGCCUCUCGGCCCACAACACAGGAUCAUCUCGUCGCGGACGGACACUUGCUAUGUCACUGCUGCCUCCUUCCCUGUCGCUCCUGCUUGCGCUGCUAUGGGAAGCUUCGCCAAUCCCCGCUGAAGCGAGCCAGGCGCUGUGGUACCGGGGCUUGGUCUCGCAGGCUCAGCUCGACGCUGCUACGACAUAUGUAAGCUUCCAGGUGUCUGAUGAGAUCCUGUGCUCCGCCCUGGCCAGCAAGGCCGCCUGGUGUCACCUGCUGACCUACGACGGCGCCACCUGUGCCCUGUACGACGUGGUAAUGGACAGUCUGGACGCCGCCCCCGAUGCCACCACGCCCUGCAUGACCCGCCACAGUAACGGUGGGACGCCCGCCCCCGCUGCCCAUCCCCCCACCACUCAGCCCAUCACAUGUCAAGCCAGUCAGUCACUCAGCCCCCAGAAAUGUGUUCACUCAAUGUCAGGUUGGCACUCAUCCCUCUAUAGCAGUGUGUCCCUCGCCGCAGUGUGUUUCGUGGACGGCGUGCCGGUGCCUCACUGGACCAAGGUUGAGCAGGAAUGCUUCACCGCCCUCUGCUGGAAUCGUGUCGUUGGUCCUGGAGGCGACGGAGGCACAGCGGUGACGACAUGUGACGGUGACUUCGUCCAAGACGCCCUUGGCUGUGUUUACCUGCACAAGGUGCCGUGGUCUCGGCUUCAGAUUUCGAAAAUCUACGAACUUUCCUGGACAAGAACGCGGCGGGCCAGAGUGAGUUCCUGAGGCAAGGCAACACGAGGCUGUAUAGGCGGCCGCGUGCACAGCUUAAGAGGUGUGGGUCGGGGUGAAGGAACAGAAGUGGUUGGACGGUUAAGCCGUGGACAGCUCAAUGUGGGGUACCGGUGAACCAACAGUGUUACCAUCGCCUGUGCCCGCAUGAGGUACUUAUCUGGAGAUGGUUACUUGCUUGCUGACGCGAGCUGUGGUGAGAACAAUAUAUUUCUAUGCAUGAGGUUCGUGUAAGCUCCGAUUUCUUCUGUAUCGUCGAACGUUUCGUCUUGUCUUUUAUGUGUAACACAUUAUCUGCAUAUAGUGGAAAAGGUUCUACUGGAAGUUAAUGGGGUUUUCAUGUGUGUUUUUCAUGGUUUCAAUGAUGAUUUAACAAAGUCCUUACACUUUUUUAGAGGUUCUCUUGGGAAAUUAUGGGGUUCUCUAGUGUGUUUUCACUGUUUUCACUGGUUGUAGUGGUAGUUUAAGAAGGAUUGAACACUUUUAACAGGUUAUUUUGAAAGUUACCAUGGUUUUGAAAUGUGUUUUCAGGUUCUUGUAGUUAUAGGGUUAAUCUAAGUGUGGUGCUUUUUGUGGCGAGUCGUGGCGGGGAUCGCUCCCUGCAGACUGUGAGUGGAAGGGAAAGGUUCACUUGAUGAUGCAGACAGUCUGAUCUCGAGAACUGACCGGAGUAGACGCAGCAGUUCCGGAGCAAUUCUGCCGGAACCUGUUAGCGAGGGUGACGCAGGACGGCAGAAUGACCCAAGCUGUCGCGGUUAUUCUGAGUUCAUGACAUGUAUCACACGCCCCUCUGCACUGCCGGGCAGGGGAGCCGUGAGUAAAUACAAUGUAGACUUUAAUUCCACUGCCAGUCUCCAGAGUAGACAAAAGGAUUAUACACAGUUAUGAUGGAAAACGCCCUUGUUUUGACAGAACAAAAAUGUACAAAAGUUUUGUUUAAUCUCUCAAAGCUUUGUACUUUUAGAAUUAAAUAAACACAGGAAUCUGUACUGUA